AUGAAGUUCCAAUAUGUGCGCAAGUCGAACGAGGGCACACUGAUGAAAUCACGCGAUGCCUAUCGGUAUUUGAGCUACGGCAUGAGCACGGUGGGUUGGUUGUCACCGCCCAACAGAUGGGGAUGCCAGUGGCCGUACAGGCUGUGGUCGUCGAUAGUGAUGGUCAUGGCAUUCUAUUUGCCGUGUGGCAUGUUUAUAUCGUAUGCAAGAGAGUUUCAUAAUUUCAAGCCCGAGGAGCUGUUCACCUCAUUGCAGGCGGCCAUCAAUGCUCCCGGUGCCUUUUGUCGCGGCAUGCUCUCUUUUUUGGGCAUGUGGCGACUGCAUAAGUUGAUGGACACACUCGAUAAAAUGGAUAAGCGGUGCAUCAGCCAAGCAGAGCAAAUUAAGGUGCACGAGAUCGUUGGGCGUUGCAAUAUGAUCUUCUUAUUCUAUGUGACGUGCUACUUUCUGUACGCAACAUGCACCUUUGCUGCUGCUUUAUCUAGGGGACAAACGCCGUACGGGCUAUACAAUCCGCUGGUUGACAGCCAAAAGCAUUUAUAUAUGUCAGGAUUUAUCGAAUAUAUGCUGCUAUCUGCGGGACUCUACUACAAUCUAAUGACGGACGUUUUCACGCUCAUCUUUGGCUUUACUGUGCGCCUGCAUCUCAGUCUGCUCAGCGAUCGGAUACAGCAGCUACAUAUCCCCGACAGCAAAACUGAGGCAGAAUACAAUGACGCCUUGGUCGACUGCAUUAAGGACUAUAAACAUAUAAUAAACAUCUGCAAUCUAAUGCGUCCAUACAUCUCGGCCAACGUCUUUGUGCAGUACUUGAUAUCCGGCAUGGUCUUUGGCAUCACCUUAAUAAAUGUCUUGUUCUUUGGCGAUCUCUGGAGCAAGGUGCCAUCCGCGUUUUACAUGACGGCACUGCUAUAG